AUGGAAAAAUUUAAGGAGAAACUUACCGCUCUUCGUGCCGAAGCUGAAACUGCUAAUGCUCGUGCUGAUGAGCUUGAAGCCACCGUGAAGCAGUUGGAGGCUGAACAUACUUCCAAAGACCACGAACUCUUAUCCCUUCAAAUCCGUGUCAAGAACCUCGAAGAGCAACUCGAAAAGACAGAAAAUCAGCUGAAGGACACCUCGGCGAAGUUUAACGAAGCCGAUCUCAAAGCUGAACAGGCCGAACGCAAGGUGGCGAGCCUUGAAAGCGAACUUGAGGAGAAGGAGAAGAAAUAUGAGGAAACUUUGGAGAAGUACAACACUUCCAAGGCAGAGUUGGACGAGUUGGCACGCCAGUUCGACGAGUUGUAG